CGCAUCGCAGUGUUACGUGACCAUGGCAUAUAUCCUAACCUCAAUAGACGUAAACUUUAACGCUUAAUAACUCGAUUCGCGGGGUAGAGCGCUUAUUUCUGCCAGAUUCUUUCGUUUUAUGGAAAAACGCGUCGAAUGAGUAUAAUUUAAUCGAUUCUUGAGACUGAUUACCUUCCAUUGCACCUUUACCAAUAAUCACAAUGACGCCGCCGAUGGAAAGGAUUCAGAUUUUGGAGACUAUCGAGAAAGACAUUGUAGUAUGUUUACAAAGCGCAGGACAAGCUUGUAUGGAAUUGAGCAAGGAGAAAUCCAGCUUGAAGCAAGCAGAGUCGCAGACACAUCAAUUCUUGAAAACUCUAGGACAAUUGGAAUCUAAAUUAAGCGAACAGAUUAAUUAUCUCACGCAAGUUUCUACUGGUCAACCACAUGAAGGUUCUGGAUAUGCAAGUCAAAAGGUACUGCAAAUGGCAUGGCACAGAUUGGAGCACGCACGAAGUAGAGUUAACGAAUUGGAACGUAUAAAGAACAAGUUACGAUAAGUACAUAAUAUUCCUCUCUUCAAAAUAUAUAUUGUAAAAACGAGUGAUAUUACAUUAAUGUUGCUUGUGACA